CCUCGCGGCGCUCACUGCAGUCCCGACAGCGGCCAAGACGGGCGCAAUCGGCUGAGGCAGAGGCAGGAAAGGAACCAUGUUCCCAGCUUGCCCUUGCCUCUGGGUCCUCGUGGUCCUGGGCUCCAGCUGGGCAGGCUGGGGGAGCCUAGGGGCUGAAGCAGCGCGGCUAAGGCAGUUCUACGUGGCUGCUCAGAGCAUCAGCUGGAACUAUCGCCCCGAGUCCACAUACCUUGGUUCGAAUACUUUUGCAACCUCCUUUAAGAAAACUGUCUACAGAGAGUAUGAAGCAUAUUUUCAGAAAGAAAAACCACGAUCCAGAACUUCAGGACUUCUUGGGCCUACUUUAUAUGCUGAAGUUGGAGACAUCAUGAAAGUUCACUUUAAGAAUAAGGCAGACAAGCCCUUAAGCAUCCAUCCUCAAGGAAUUAAGUACAGUAAAUUCUCAGAAGGUGCUUCUUACCCUGACCACACAUUCCCUGUGGAGAAGAUGGAUGAUUCUGUAGCUCCGGGCCAAGAAUACACCUAUGAGUGGAAUAUCAGUGAGGACAGUGGGCCCACCCACGAUGACCCUCCGUGCCUCACAUAUAUCUAUUACUCCUAUGAAAAUCUGGUACAUGACUUCAACUCUGGACUGAUUGGACCUCUGCUUAUUUGUAAGAAAGGCACCCUAACUGAGGAUGGGAUACAGAAGAUGUUUGACAAGCAACAUGUACUGAUGUUUGCUGUGUUUGAUGAAAGUAAAAGCUGGAACCAGACAUCAUCCCUAAUGUACACAGUCAACGGCUAUGUGAAUGGGACAAUGCCAGAUAUAACAGUUUGUGCCCAUGAUCACAUCAGUUGGCAUCUGAUUGGAAUGAGCUCUGGGCCAGAACUGUUCUCCAUUCAUUUCAACGGCCAGGUCCUGGAGGAGAACCAUCAUAAGAUCUCAGCCAUCACUCUCGUCAGUGCUACGUCCACAACUGCAAACAUGACCGUGAGCCUAGAGGGAAAGUGGGUCAUAUCUUCGCUCAUCCCAAAACAUUUUCAAGCUGGGAUGCAGGUUUACAUAGACAUUAAGAACUGUGCAAAGAAAACCAGGAAUCCUAAGAAACUAACUCGAGACCAGAGGCGGCACAUUAAGAGAUGGGAAUACUUCAUUGCUGCGGAGGAAGUCAUUUGGGACUAUGCACCUAUAAUACCAGCAAACAUGGACAAAAAGUACAGAUCUCUGCAUUUGGAUAAUUUCUCAAACCAAAUUGGAAAACAUUAUAAGAAGGUUGUCUACAAACAGUACCAAGAUGCAUCCUUCACCAAACGCCUGGAGAAUCCCAAUAACAAAGAAGAUGGGGGCAUCUUGGGCCCUAUUAUCAGAGCCCAGGUCAGAGACACACUUAAAAUCAUGUUCAAAAAUAUGGCCAGCCGCAGCUACAGCAUUUACCCUCAUGGUGUGACCUUCUCUCCUUAUGAAGAUGAAGUCAACUCUUCCUCCACCUCAGGCAGUAACACCAUGAUCAAAGCAGUUCAACCAGGGGAAACCUAUACUUAUAAGUGGAACAUCCUAGAGUCUGAUGAACCCACGGAAAACGACGCUCAGUGCUUAACAAGACCAUACUACAGUAAUGUGGACAUCACAAGGGACAUUGCCUCUGGGCUGAUAGGGCUACUUCUAAUUUGUAAGAGCAGAUCCUUGGAUAAGCGAGGCAUACAGAGGGCAGCAGACAUUGAGCAGCAAGCUAUGUUUGCUGUGUUUGAUGAGAACAAGAGCUGGUACAUUGAGGACAACAUCUACAAGUUUUGUGAAAAUCCUGAGAAGGUGAAACGUGAUGACCCCAAGUUUUAUGAGUCAAACAUCAUGAGCACUAUCAAUGGCUAUGUGCCUGAGAGCAUACCCACACUAGGAUUCUGCUUUGAUGACACCGUCCAGUGGCACUUCUGCAGUAUGGGAACCCAGAAUGACAUUUUGACCAUUCACUUCACUGGGCACUCAUUCAUCUAUGGAAAGAAACACGAGGACACCUUGACCCUCUUCCCCAUGUGUGGGGAAUCUGUGACUGUCACAAUGGAUAAUGUUGGAACUUGGAUGUUAACUACCAUGAAUUCCAAUCCAAGAAGCAAAAAACUGUGGCUGAGAUUCAGGGAUGUCAAGUGUAUCCGGGAUUAUGAUGAUGACUCAUACGAGAUUACAUACGAACCUUCAGGAUCUACAUCCAUAACUACAAGGAAAAUGCGUGAUUCUUCAGAAAUCAAAGAUAAAAAUAAUGAUGCUGACUAUGAUUACCAGAACACACUGGCUUUAUUAUUAGGAAUCAGGUCAUUCAGAAAUUCAUCAUCGACUCAGGAGAAAGAUGAGUUCAAUCUUACUGCCCUGGCUCUGGAGAACAACUCUGAAUUCAUUCCUCCAAGUACCAACAGAACUGUUGGUUCAAAUUCUUCUUCCCCAGGUAACAUUAGCAGGCUUAUUGCCAAUAACUUUGCACAACCUCUGAAAAUUCUUCCUCACCCAGAAGCCACCACAGCUGGUCCCCCGCUGGAACACACCAGCUUGGAUAAGAACUCAGUUCUCAACCCUCCCACAGCAAAGCAUUCCAGCCCUUAUUCUAAAGAUCCUAUAGAAGAUCCUCUACACUCAGAUGUCACAGGGAUAAGCCUGCUUGCAUUUGGUACAGAAGAAUUCAGAAAUCAAGAACAUGCUAAACGUAAAAGAUUCAAGGCAGGAAGAGGCCGAGCAACAAAGCAUAGGUUCUCCCAGAUGGAAUUCCCAGCACAUAAAACUGGUAGACAUUUAAGCCAAGGCAACUCUUCUUCUUCCAGAAUAGGGCCCUGGGAGAACCUUCCCAGUGAUCUGUUACUCUUACAACAAAAGGAUCCAUCUAAGAUUCUGAAUGGGGAAUGGCAUUUGGUUUCUGAGAAAGGCAGUUAUGAAAUAAUCCAAGAUGCUUAUGAAGACAAUGCUGUUAAUAAGCUGCCAAACAGCCCCCAGAAUGACUCAAGGACUUGGGGAGAAAACAUCCCUUUUAAAAACAAGCAUGGAAAGCAGAGUGGCCACCCAACAUUUUUUGUAACUAGACGUAAACCUCUACAAGGAAGACAAGAUGGAGGAAAUAGUAGAUUGAAGAAAGGUCUUUUUUUAAUUAGGACACGAAGAAAGAAAAAGGAAGAGAAGCCUGCACACCAUGUUCCUCUAUCUCCAAGGAGUUUUCACCCACUGACAGUAGAGGCCAACACCCCAUUUUCAGACGGGAGACAUAACCAUUCAUUGUCACUCCAUACAUCCAAUGAAACAUCUCUUCCCGCAGACCUCAAUCAGACAUUCCCCUCUAUGAACCUUAGCCUCAGAGCCUCACUUCCUGAUGGUGAUCAAAACCCCCCAAAUGACACCAGUCAGACAAGCUCCCCUCCAGAUCUUUAUCAGACAGUGAGCCCAGAGGAACACUAUCAAACAUUCCCUAUUCAAGACUCUGAUCCAACGCACUCCAGUACAGUCCCCAGUCACACAUCUCCUCCUCCAGAGCCCAGCCAGACACCCGACUAUGACCUAAGAAACAAGGCCUUCCCUACUGAUGUUAGUCAAACGUUCCCUUCCUUGGAACUUGAAGUCUGGCAGACAACCACCUCUCUAGACCUCAGUCAGCCAUCCCUCUAUCCAGAUCUCAGCCAGACAACCCUUUCUCCAGACCCUGGCCAGGAGACUCUCUCUCCAGACCUCAGCCAGACAACACUUUCCCCAGACCUCAGCCAGACUUUCUCUCCAGACCUCAGCCAGACAACACUUCCCCCAGACCUCAGCCAGACUUUCUCUCCAGACCUCAGCCAGACAACACUUCCCCCAGACCUCAGCCAGACUUUCUCUCCAGACCUCAGCCAGACAACACUUCCCCCAGACCUCAGCCAGACUUUCUCUCCAGACCUCAGCCAGACAACACUUCCCCCAGACCUCAGCCAGACUUUCUCUCCAGACCUCAGCCAGACUUUCUCUCCAGACCUCAGCCAGGAGACUCUCUCUCCAGACAUCAGCCAGACAACCCUUUCUCCAGACCUUGGCCAGACGACUCUUCCCCCAAACCUCAGUCAGAUGCCACUUUCCCCAGACCUCAACCAGGCAACUCUCUCUCCAGACAUCAGUCAGACAUCCCUUCCUCUUGAUCUCAGGCAGACAUCACCUCCUCUAGAUCUCGAUCAGACAUCCCACACUUCUGAAUCUAGUCAGUCAUUGCCUCUCCCAGAAUUUGGUCACACUUUCCCUUAUGCAGAUCUUGGUCAGAUGCCAUCUCCUCCACCACACUCUCCACUAAAUAACACUUCUAUACCAAGAGAAUUUAAUCCACUGGUCAUAGUAGGCCUCAGUAGAGAUGAUGGAGAUUACAUUGAAAUUAUUCCAAGGCAGAAGGAAGAGAGCAGUGAAGAAGAGUAUGGUGAAUUUGAUUUUGUGGCCUAUGAUGACCCUUACCAAACUGAUCUUAGGACAGACAUCAACUCCUCCAGAAAUCCUGACAACAUUGCAGCAUGGUACCUUCGCAGCAACAAUGGAAACAGAAAAAAUUAUUACAUUGCUGCUGAAGAACUAUCCUGGGAUUAUUCAAAAUUUGCACCAAGUGAAGACAUUGAUGAUGUUUCAAAGGACACCAUAUACAAGAAAGUCGUUUUUCGAAAGUACCUUGAUAGCACUUUUAACAAACUUGAUCCUCGGGGAGAGUAUGAAGAGCAUCUUGGCAUACUUGGUCCUAUCAUUAGAGCUGAAGUGGAUGACGUUAUCCAAGUUCAUUUUAAAAACUUAGCAUCCAGACCAUAUUCUCUUCAUGCCCAUGGGCUUUCCUAUGAAAAAUCAUCAGAGGGAAAGACUUAUGAAGAUGACUCUCCUGAAUGGUUUAAGGAAGACAAUGCCGUUCAGCCCAACAGCACUUAUACAUAUGUAUGGCAUGCCACUGAGCGAUCAGGGCCAGAAAAUCCUGGCUCCGCCUGUCGGGCUUGGGCCUACUACUCAGCAGUGAACCAGGAAAAAGAUAUCCAUUCAGGCUUGAUAGGACCCCUUCUGAUCUGCCGAAAAGGAACACUUCAUAAGGAGACCAACAUGCCUGUGGACAUGAGAGAAUUUGUCCUACUUUUUAUGGUCUUUGAUGAAAAGAAGAGCUGGUACUAUGAAAAGAAGCCCACAAGGUCUUGGAGACGCACAUCCUCAGAAGUAAAAAACUCCCAUGAGUUUCAUGCCAUUAAUGGGAUGAUCUACAACUUGCCUGGCCUGAGAAUGUACGAGCAAGAGUGGGUGAGGUUGCACCUGCUGAACAUAGGCGGCUCCCAGGACAUUCAUGUGGUUCACUUUCAUGGCCAGACCCUGCUGGAAAAUGGCACUCAACAGCACCAGUUAGGGGUCUGGCCUCUUCUGCCUGGUUCAUUUAAAACUCUUGAAAUGAAGGCAUCAAAACCUGGCUGGUGGCUCCUAGACACAGAAGUUGGAGAAAACCAGAGAGCAGGGAUGCAAACGCCAUUUCUCAUCACAGACAGAGACUGUAAAAUGCCAAUGGGACUAAGCACUGGUCUCGUAGCUGAUUCACAGAUCAAGGCUUCUGAGUUUUGGGGUUAUUGGGAACCCAAAUUAGCAAGACUAAACAAUGGUGGAUCAUAUAAUGCUUGGAUCGCAGAAAAACUUUCAACAGAAUUUAACCCUAAGCCUUGGAUCCAGGUAGACAUGCAAAGGGAAGUCCUGUUCACAGGGAUCCAGACCCAAGGUGCCAAACACUACCUGAAGUCUUACUACACCACCGAGUUCUUUGUGGCUUACAGCUCUGACCGGACAAACUGGCGGAUCUUCAAAGGGAACAGCACUAGGAACGUGAUGUAUUUUAAUGGCAAUUCGGAUGCCUCUACAAUAAAAGAGAAUCAGUUUGACCCACCUGUUGUGGCUAGAUAUAUUAGGAUCUCUCCAACUAAAUCCUAUAACAAACCUGCCCUUCGAUUGGAGCUGCAAGGUUGCGAGGUUAAUGGAUGCUCCACACCACUGGGUAUGGAAAGUGGAAAGAUAGAAAACAAGCAAAUCACAGCUUCCUCAUUUAAAAAAUCUUGGUGGGGAGAUUACUGGGAACCCUUCUGUGCCCGUCUUAAUGCCCAGGGCCGUGUGAAUGCCUGGCAAGCCAAGGCAAACAACAACAAUCAGUGGUUACAAAUUGAUCUGCUCAAAAUCAAGAAGAUAACAGCGAUUGUAACACAGGGUUGCAAGUCUCUGUCCUCUGAAAUGUAUGUGAAGAGCUACACCAUCCAGUACAGUGACCAGGGAGUUGAAUGGAAACCUUACAGAGAGAAAUCCUCGUUGGUGGACAAGAUUUUCGAAGGAAAUAAUAAUAUCAAAGGACAUGCGAAGAACUUUUUCAACCCACCAGUCAUUUCCAGGUUUAUACGCAUCAUUCCUAAAACAUGGAAUCAAAGCAUUGCACUUCGCCUGGAACUCUUUGGCUGUGAUAUUUAAUAGAAUUGAUUAUUCUAAAAGAUAGGAGGGACUCAAAGAUAUCAAACCAUUUAGAGUGGACAAUGUACUUUAGAGCUAUUUUAAAUAUUAAAAAUUUUCCACUAUUUCUCUUUUUUCUAUUAGAGAAUAAAAUUUUAUAUGUGAAACCUUUAUAACUCCUUAUAACCACUAAGUAAGAUGAUGACUAUUAUCUCUGCAUUAAUUUGAGUAUAGAUGGGAAAAUAUCAAGAACCAACAAGAAAAGGCUUAUCUUUCACUGAUUAAAAAUGCUAUAUAAAGAAAUAUUCAUGUAGUUAACAUUCUUCAUUAUAGUUCUCAAACUCUAUACACAUUAAUAAAAGAGAUAUUACUCUAUUAAAUCA